UCAUACACAGUCGACUGAGCUCAACUUCUAGCUGCACCCUCCAACACACACACACACACACACGCACACACGGACUCAUUUCUAACGGAACUGAUAGUACACAUGACAGUGCACACAUCCCGCAGCAGAUGUGCUCUAAAAAUGAAAUGUUAUUAAAUCCGUAGACAGAAAGGCGCGCCUUGGGAACAACUUGGGAGGCUGAGUGGCAUCAUUCUCAGCAGGACUUUAAAGCACUUUUUGGAAAGCUGAAGGAGAGAAAGGUAAACACCUUGCUCGGGGUGUGUGUUUUGUAUUGUAUUGUAGUGUGCAGGGAUUUAAUAGUUACCUGGCUCGUGGUUCUAACUGUGAUGUCUCGUGCGCACUGCGCCGGUUUGCGCGUCGCCUUUCAUAAACCUUUGCUAAGCACAACUUUGUGACUUUGUGAUCCGUGUGACACAUCACAUCAACAUGGCACUGACUGAAAACUGUAGGAUUUAUCAGGCUCCUAAAGACAGCGGCUCGACCCAAACUUCCGAUGUGAUCGAGCUGAACGUGGGUGGACAGGUGUACUACACCCGGCGCGCCACCCUGACCAGCAUGCCCAACUCCUUACUGGCCAAAAUGUUUGCCUCCAAAAAGGAGACAUCAGAGGACAUGGCUCGAGACACGAGAGGACGGUGCUUCAUUGAUAGGGAUGGAUUUUUAUUUCGAUACGUGCUGGACUACUUGCGAGACAAGCACGUCGUCCUUCCCGAUCACUUCCCGGAAAGAGGGCGGCUCAAGCGCGAGGCUGAAUACUUCCAGCUUCCAGAUCUGGUCAAGAUCCUCACAACUGAUGACCUUAAGCGACCAAACCAUGACGAAUACCCUCACAGUGAUUUAGAUGAUGUAUCUCAAGGCAGCGAUCAGAGGUCGUACCCGUCAUCCCACAGGCGCUACGGGUUCAUCACGGUCGCAUCCGCGCGCGACGCGUGCGUCUCAGACGUGAAAGGCACCAGACUGCCGAAACUUUUCGUCUGCGGAAGGAUCGCCCUGGCUAAAGAGGUCUUCGGUGAAGCGUUGAGGGAAAGCAGGGAUCCUGAGCGCCCUGCUGAGCGCUACACGUCCCGGUUCGUCCUCACUUUCGGGCACGCAGAGAGGGCGUUUGACCUGCUUGCGGAGAGCGGCUUCCGGCUGGUGGCGUGCAGCUCGGCGCUCACCUCUCCCCUUUACGCAUCGCAUACGGACAACAAGCAGUGGUGCAAGUGCACAGAGUACGUCUUCUACCGUGGGCCAUCAGCUUGGUCGUCCUCUCACUGCGAGUGCUGCUGCAAGAGCCAGAAGAGUGAGAGAGAGGGUGAGAGUGGCACGUCCUUCAAUGAACUCUCCACUUCCUGCUCCGAGACCCAAUCAGAGGCCAGUUCCCCUCAGGAGACAGUGAUCGCCCGUCCCGUCUCCCAGCAACACCACCACCACAUCCAGACUCUGGAGCGUACCGUGAAGAAAGGCCCGGCCCAGGCCAUGCAGACGGAGACACGUCGGAGGACGGAGCUUUUGCGCACUCGCACCACAGGUCCCCGUGACCUCAUGACCCCGUCCAAGAGGAAACCUGCUAAGGAGAAGCUAACACCAGAGCAAGAGCUGCAGAAAUGCAUCCAGGACUUCCGACGCAUUCGGAUUCCUGAGCGCUUCCCGAACAGGAAGAACACGUGGCAGUCUGACCUCCUGAGGAAGUAUCACCUGUGAAGCGAGAACGAAAGGAGUGGGAAGAGAAGGAGAAAGGAGCAAGGAAGAAGGAGGAAACACAAUCUACCUAUCAGUGCUUAAGAUCACACUUCGAUUUGCACUUCACUUGAGCACAAUCUCUUGGUCUAAUCUUUUAGCAAGUCGCAUAAAGCACAGCAAAAGAUGCAGUUAACCUUGAGCGACUUGUACAGGUUCUGUUACAAAGCACAAUUACUCAAGCUGCAAAUCAAUUUCACAGUGUCUAAAUGAACCAGCCUUGUAAAGAACACAGUGGAAUGGCUUGGACAUGCACUAAACGAGCACUUAUCAACACUGCACGAAUCAGACACUUCUGCCUGUAGUCUCGAGUACAGGAUUUAUGUGUGAACGUGGAACAAAAAGCACAAAAGAAUUCAGUGUCGUAUGGAUUGUAUGUUAACACAAAUCUCUCCCCUUUUGCCAAUUUUUGUUUGCUUAUGACCAACGUUCCCUGUUCCCAGUGCAUGCUUAGGCAUUACGAUUGCAAUAUAGAGUAACUGCCUCACCUCCUAAUGGAUUAGUGCUAUAUAUUACACCCUGUAUAAUUCGCUGACGUUUAGGGAAAAAUAUAACAUAAACAUCACAUCCUCACAAAUGACAAUGUAUCCGAAACAAUAGAGCAGCACAGAUUUGCUAGAUUGUGUUCUCGUCGUGAACAUUUUUGUCGGGAUUAUUAUUUGUAGUGUAUCUGAUCUGGUUUUGCCUCGGGGUGUAUGAAGAAUCCCUUAUUGUGAAUGUGCAAUGAUUUAUUAAAUGAACGGAG